CAGCACCAUUAAAUUUUAAUUCAGGCUUGUCGCCAAUCCUUUUCCCUUGUUCUUCUUCCAAACAAAAACAACUUGCGUCCCCCCCACUCCUCGCCAUAACAACAACAACAACAAUGCUGAAAAAGAUCUUGACUAUUUUACUAGUCCUUACGACAUAUCUGGCACUUGCUAUUGCCCAAGAAGCCGAACACGAUCACGACCACGACCACGAAGGCCACGACCACGCACACGAAGAUGAAGAUAGCCACGCUGGUCAUGACCAUGCUGGACACGAUCAUGCUGGUCAUAGUCAUGGACCCACCUCGCUCGAAGACUGUGUUGCUAUCACCGGUGACGAAUAUAACGUUGGACUCCGCGUUGGCGCCAUUUUCAUUAUCAUGGCUGCAACUGUUAUCGGUGUGUUUGCUCCUAUUGUCCUUCAUCGUAUUCGUCCUUAUUCCCAAGGCAGUGUCCGUCAUUGGAUUUUGACUGUCGGCAAGUUCUUUGGUACUGGUAUUAUUCUCGGUGUCGCUUUCAUCCACAUGAUACCCGAAGCUGUUGAGCGCUUCACAAGCCCUUGCAUCACUAGUGGAAAAUGGGGCGGUUACCACGGUUUUGUCGGUCUCUUUGCGUUGAUUGCUGUGUUCUUUAUUCAAAUCGUCGAACUCGCCGUAUAUGCCCAUGUCACGAAAAAGCAAAAAAUGCAACAAGAGCACAUCAACAGCAGCGCCAACAGCACUGAAAACAAGGAUGUCGAAAACAGCUCUGCCGUCAAGGGCGAAGAGGCUGUUGCAUACCACCACGACGGUCACGCGCACAUGAUGAUUGAGGACAGCAAGGAUAUGCGCGACGUCAGCACCAUUGUUUUGGAACUCGGCAUCGUCAUUCAUUCCGUUAUCAUUGGUUUAACUCUCGGCUUCACCUCUGAUGACGGUUUCAACGUUUUGCUGAUUGCCCUUGUCUUCCAUCAGUUCUUCGAAGGUAUUGCACUCGGCACCCGUAUCAACGACAUGGAGCACAAGUCUUUCAUCAAACCAUUCAUUAUGGGCUCAAUCUUCAGCUUGACCACUCCAGUUGGUGUUGCUAUCGGUAUCGGCGUCAACAUGACCGUCAACCCCUUUUCGCAGUCGUCCGUUUUGGGACAAGCCAUUCUUGAUUCUUUGGCAGCUGGUAUUCUGCUUUACAACGCCUUCAUCUCUCUUAUUGCUGGCGAAAUCAACCACAACAUGUCUUUCCUUCGAUCUAGCCUCUCAUACAAGGCUAUUUGCUUCAUUGCCAUGUACAUUGGCGCUGCCGUGAUGGCUAUUCUGGGCAAGUGGGCCUAAAAGUAUUGAAGUCUCUUUGCUUCAUUAUUAUUCGUUUACUUUUCUCUCGCAUACAUCUCUUUCCUCUCUUUACAACUUUGCUAUUAUUCUACCCGCUAUAUUAGCUUUCUACUGUAUUUUGAUGCAAUAAUAUCUCUGAAUGCCUGCUUCUCCACUCCCUUUAUAAUACUUUCUAAUAUAUGUAUAAUAUAUCCUUUUCAUCAUUUCUUUUCUUCUUCAUUAAAUAUACAUCAUUAAUAUAUUAUCGC